GAAUGUGCCAACAGAAGUGAAAAUCAACCUCAUUAACAUGCUAUCAGAGUCUGGGUUGAAAUCCAUUGAGGCAACAAGCUUUGUAUCUCCUAAAUGGGUUCCUCAGAUGGCAGAUCAUGUAAAAGUCAUGGAAGGAAUAAAGAAGUAUCCCAGUGUCAGUUAUCCUGUCCUGACACCGAACCUCACUGGAUUCCAGACAGCGAUUGAAUGUGGAGCCAAAGAAGUGGCCAUAUUUGGAGCAGCUUCUGAGCUUUUUAGUAAAAAGAAUAUUAACUGCUCCAUAGAGGAAAGUUUGCAGAGAUUCAAAGCCGUUACUGAUGCAGCUAAAGAAGCCAAUAUACCUGUGCGAGGGUAUGUGUCUUGUGUUCUUGGAUGCCCAUAUGAAGGGAAGGUAUCACCUAGUAAAGUGGCAGAGGUGGCACACAAGAUGUUCUCUAUGGGUUGCUAUGAGAUUUCCUUAGGGGACACAAUUGGUGUGGGGACACCAGGCAGUAUGAGAGACAUGUUGACUGCUGUCCUAGAUGUUAUUCCAUCUAAAGCCUUAGCUGUUCACUGCCAUGAUACGUAUGGGCAGGCUUUGGCUAAUAUACUUGUAGCUCUGCAGAUGGGAAUACAUGUGGUGGAUUCCUCGAUUGCUGGCUUGGGAGGAUGUCCUUAUGCACAAGGAGCUUCUGGAAAUGUGGCCACAGAAGAUGUGGUAUACAUGCUUCAGGGCCUUGGCAUUCACACGGGCAUUGACUUGAAAAAGUUGACAGAGGCUGGAACAUAUAUAUGUAAAUCUCUAGGAAGGAGAAGCAAUUCAAAAGUUGCUCAAGCAACAUGCAAACUGUGACCAGCAGAACUAAUACAAUAUGCACCCUACAUACAGCAAUACCUCUAAUGAGCUAAAAGACUUGUGUCUCUGGAUCUCAUGAUGCUGGUGUAUGGAAGAUCUGCUGCUGCUUUCCACCAUGUGACAUAGUGGA